GUUGAUCCCUCAAGUCAUCCUUACAGAGAUCUGAUUUGUAGAAAAUGUGGCGGGAGGAUGUUGGAGGUGAUUUUGGCAGGUCUUAGAGCCAAAGCAGUAGGAAGACCCGUGUUGACUUCAGUAGGAGUGGAUGCUAGGGAAAGAGCUGAUAGUCACUGAGCAGCCAGACAUAGGGCUAGUGAAGGUAGAGACAGGAGAGAGUGUUCUGGAAGCACUAUAGCAUCCAGUAUGCUGAGGAUCUCUGGGGGCCAGAAGGUACUCAGAUUCAGUAGCUCCCAGCCACAGAGGGAUUGGUGAGAAUGAAGGACUCAGGCUGGUGAUGAAGGGAUCCUGGAUAUGGUGGAGUAAUCAAGAUCAGCAAGGGGAUGAUCCCCUUCCUGGGAAGGGGUAGCAGAGGGAUGGCAGGAAGAAGACAAGAAAAGGGGGGCCUGUACCAUUUGUUCUCCAGAAGAAAGAAGUUUGGGCAUUAUAGUCAGGGAGCACAUAUCCUUCUCGAGGUCAGGGCAGCUGGCUGAGCAAGGCAGUUGACUGUCAUGGUAAAACCUAUACUAGGCCAGGACACCCUGAAGUUAGGGAGUCCAUUAAACCUCAGCGGCAUGGUGACCUUGAAUUCGUCACGUAACCUCUUUGCAUCUUAACUGGCUUCAUUUGUAAAGUGAACAUAAGUACUUUGCAUUUUGGGGCCAGGGAAAUUUAUUUCUUGAAGGUAUUUCAUUUUUUGAGACGAAGGAGUUGCUGGAUAUUGCUUUAUCAUUUCUUCCUUUCUGAGAUUUUCUUAUCCAGUAACUUAGCAUCCAUGAACCAUAUCCCAAGUCCCAAUGCCAGAUUCUCAACAUCUGUCACGUUUUUCUACCUGACUGCCCGACUACUUCCUCUUCCUUUUAGCUCUGACCCUUGUCUGAUUUUUCUGCAAGUCACUGACAUCACUGUAUCAUGGCCUGAUCCUUCAGUUUCUAGAUUGCUGGUAAUUGUUGGCUGUGUUCUCCCUGGAUACCACUGUCAGCCACCAAGUCAUAUUGUUUCUGCCUAUAAUUUCUUCCACUUGUCCUGUCUUACAUCACCUCCAUUUAAGGUUUGUUAUUCUUUGGGAUUUUGCUUGCAGAGCUUCCCAGGUAGUUUCUCUCUGUACAGAUGUGCAUCUUCCUAUGAUUUUGUACUGGUCACCUGAUAACCACUCAGUUUUCUGAGCCUUUUUAUCCUCUAAUCCAGGGUUUUCUAACUUUGGUGUGCAUCAAAAUAACUGGAGGGCUCAUCAAACCAUAGAUUACUGUCAGCACUGGUCCUGAGAAUUUGCCUUUCUAACAAGUUCCUAGUGGGGUUGCUCCUAUUUCUGUGGUUGGGGACCACACUCUGAGAACCAGUGUUGUGUGGUUAUUUAUUCAGGAGUUGAACAGGUGAAGUUGUCAGCCUGGGCAUAGGGUGGAUUCAUUGUGGGACGAGCCUGGAAUUGGAGUUGUUCAAGUGUCCCCAGCUGUUGAACUAGUGUACUGAUUGUACCAUUGUGAGGAAGAAUCAUAUUCCAGAAAUAUUUAGAUGAUAAAAUUGGCAGGACUUGAUUACUGACUGCUUGUCAGCAAUAGUAGUGUCAGGGGUGAGAAAGUCUAAGAUGAAUCUCGAGUUUCUAGCAUUGGAGACUGGGCUGAAAUUGAUAUUGUUAAUGAGUGAGGAGAAUAAUUGUCACUUACUGCGCUGAUUAGUUUAUAUGAAUUAGAAAGGGAGCCAGUUUGGGGGAAAAUGAGUUUGGUGUUGGGACAUUCAGAGGCUGAGGCAGUGCUGGGAUGAAGGGGCAAGUGGAGAUGUGCAGAAUCACUGAGGGCCCAGGGAGCCGAGUUUGAUACCAAAGUCUGAGGAGUGGAUAGUGGUUCUCAACAAGAUGCUAGAACUGUCUGGGAAGGUAGAGUUGGGGCCAUCAGGAAGGGGAAGGAGUGGCUAUUGAGACAGCAUGAGGCUUGGUUGGCAGAAGCUAUUACCAAUUGUUUUGGAGGUAGAAGGAUCAGCCCCGAGUAGGCGCCAUGGCUCACACCUGUAAUCCUAGCCCUCUGGAAGGCUGAGGCAAGAGGAUAGCUUGAAGCCAGCCUGAGCAAGAAUAAGAUCCUGUCACUAUAAAAAAUAGAAAAAUUAACCAGGCUUGGUAGCUCAUGUUACUCAGGAUAUUGAGGCAGGAGGAUCACUUCAGCCCAGGAGUUUGAGGUUGCUGUUUGCUAUGAUAAUGCCACUGUACCCUUGCCUGGGCAACAGAGGAGGCUUCUGUCUCAAUAAUAAAAAAUAAGUAAAUAAUAAGCCCCUAAAAGAGCUACCCAGCAGCAGGAAUUAAAUUACAGAAGCUUUUUGUCCUAGGAAGACCUGGCAAGAAGCAGAGUGGAUGCCUCAGCUGGCUCUGAGCUGUCUCUGCUGGGUAUUCUUGAGCACAGGCAGCACAGCCCCUUAUUCAAGCAUUGGUGUGGAUUGGAUGAGACAGCUGAUCAGGGCAAACCAUGCUCUGUUCUUGCUAUGUGGGCAUGAUGUUUGGGACAGAGUGAGCACUUGUGGAACAGAUGGAUUGGCUGGGCACUUGGAGCAGCAAGGCCACUUGAAGCUAAUUGCUCACUUUACAAUGAAAGACUGAAAGUACAAGUAUUUGCAGAAUCAGAGAUUUUUCUGUAGGAUGUUUAACUAAUGGGAGACUUUUUUCCAGGGUUUUCAAAAUGUUAAGUUACAUUUCAUGACAAAUUUUGCGUCCUAAUGGAAGCUCUGCUGUAGAGAAGUUUCAGACUUUUGGUGGUAGAAAUAGCCAUGCCGAAUAUUCAGUUCUUUCACCUUCCUCAUUACUCACCCUCGCAGCAUCCUCACUCAGGCCCUUAUUACUAUCCCCUCUGCCCCACACUCUGGCCCGGAGCCAGAGGAUUGGCUCUGGGGCAGCGGGAACCUAUUGUUUUAGGAGUUGGUGACCUUCGAGGACGUGGCUGUGUACUUCACCCUGACAGAAUGGGCUGGCCUUUCUCCUUCCCAGAGGGCCCUAUACAGAAGUGUGAUGUUGGAGAAUUAUGAGAAUUUGACUACUGUGGGUAAGGUCAUUUUCCUCCUGCAACUUAAAUCUGUACUUUCUGGUUUCCUUCUUUUCCUUUUACAGGCUGGGGAUGUGGUGUGGACUAGGAGGAAUUGUCUCUGAUGUUCUCCACUGAAUGGCUUCUGCACUGAGGCUCAGUGACCAGCUUCAGAGAUUGCAGGAUAGGGAGAGGUCUUGGGUCAGUUUGAUCUCAACGAAGGGAUUUGCUAUCUUUGGAUACCCAGUUCCCAAACCUGUACUGAUCUCACUUCUGGAGGGAGGACCCUGGGGCCUGGAGGCACAGGUUGAACCCACUGCAGAGAGGACUAGGGACAUCUGUAAAGAUGCUAAGACCAGCAUUGAUAAGGAGUCCACAUCAACACAAGGCAUUUCUGGAGAAAGGGACGUGAUAACGUCAUGUGGGCUGAAGAAGAGUGUUCCUCAGAGAAUUGACUUCCCAGAAGCAUGUGAGGUGGAGAAGCACCAGGAAAUCCCCACAGUGAAAACUAUUCGAGAGAAGGUUCCAAGAAUCCACUGUGCAAGGAAACGUUUCGUAUGUGAGGAGUGUGGGAAACGCUUCAUCUAUUUUUCUUGCUAUGUUAGACACCAGAUAACUCACACGGGGGAGAAACCCUUUAAGUGUAGUAAGUGUGGAAAGGCCUUUAAUGGCAAUUCUUCAUUAAUUCGCCACCAGAAGAUCCAUGCUAGAGGGACACCCAGUCAGUGUGAGGAGUGUGGGAGAGCCUAUACUUAUAGUGCUAAUCUGAUCAGGCAUCAGAGGACCCACAGUGGGGACAGACCGUAUACGUGCCAGGAGUGUGGAAAUAGUUUCUCCCAUAGUUACGGGUUUUUUACACAUCAGAGGAUCCACAUAGGGGAGAAACCUUAUGAGUGUAACAAGUGUGGAAAAACUUUUGCGGGUAGUUCACCACUAAUUGAGCAUCAGAAGAUCCACAUUGGAGAGAAACCCUAUGAGUGUAGUAAGUGUGGCAAAAGCUUUGGAAGGACUGCCCAUCUUAACCAGCACCAGCGUAUUCACACAGGGGAAAAGGCUUAUUCUUGUAAAAUAUGUGGACAAGCCUUCACUUUUCGUACACAACUAAUGUGGCACCAGAGGAUGCACAGUGAGAAGAAACUGUUUGAUUGUGUCAGUUGUGGAAAAGCCUUCAGUGCUCAGAAACAAUUAAAAAGGCAUCUAAGAAUUCAUGUUCAAGAGUCUUCCAGUGUAUGUGAUGAGUGUGGAAAAGUCUUUACCAAUAAAGUAAGUCUUCUUCAGCAUCAGAGAAUCCAUACUGGAGAAGAAUCUUACGAGUGUAGCAAGCAUGCAACAGCCUUUCAGACUUCUUCCCAGCUAGUUCACCUUGAGCAUGUCCACUCUGCAGAGAAGCCUAUUCUGGACAUUCGUCAUUUUGGCCUUCCGGAAUUUUUUACCCCUUUUUACUGGUAAUAGUGCUUCAGUUUCCUUUUAGAUUCCAUCUUCCAUUCAGGAGUAGAAUGGGUGACACAGGCCUGGCUCAGUCUCAGAUCCUGCCCUCAAGCCACAGUUACUGGUUCAGAUGUCAGUAGGUGACCCAACAUGGUCCAAUAAAAGUACCAGGACUUGGUAAGAACAAGAGCUUGUAGGAAGAAGCACUCUUUCUUCUUUUUCUUUUUUUGCCAUUGGUUUUAAAGCUAGGAAGAGUAGGUUUUCAUGGAGGCUGAGAAUAAAGUCAGCACAGCAAAAGAGAUACCUGAGAGUUGAAGAGCAAUCAAAGGUUGAAGAUACUGUUUGAAUGGCUACAUUAAACCACAUCUGGAGCUGUAAAUACAUGUGGGUUUUUGAAUUUCAGUAGCCAAUAAAUUUGUUCUGUUUUUUGCUUAGGCAAGUCUGAGUUAGGUUUUCUUUCCCUGAACCAGCAUUUUGACUUAUACAGAACAUUAUCAGUGUAAAAUUUAAACAUCUUCAGGGCGGCGCCUGUGGCUCAAAGAGGUGGGGCGCCGGCCCCAUAUGCGGGAGGUGGUGGGUUCAAACCCAGCCCUGGCCAAAAACCGCAAAAAAAAAAAAAAUUUUAAACAUCUUCAGGGAUAACAUUUCUGAUGGUGGAGAAAUGUCUUAUGUGUAUGAUAUGUGGGAAAGUCUUUAGUUAGAGUCAUGAUAGCCCCCAAACCUUAUGAUUGUAAUGAGAUUGGGAAAUCCAUUGCAAUGUCGGAAAGCCCAGUCUACAUUGGGAUACCACCAGUGGGUAGAAAUUCUAAGUUCUGUAAUAAAAAUUUUGAUGUUACCGCAAAUCCGUAUCAGU